GACGUCACGUAAAGUAUCCGCGCAAGCCCUUGGCUAGUUGGCAGUUGCCAGAUACUCGUAGCUCAGAAGAUGUGACUAAAUUUGAGAAUUUUACCUUGUUCCGAAUGUUUUGUACUUUGGUUGACUUUUAAUAUGGCGCUGUUGAAGUUGUCAAUUUCAAAAAUGUAGCUGCUUUUAAUUUUUUUACGUAGAUUUCGGGCUCCAAAAACUAUUUAUCCUCCGGUCCGUUCUCUGUUGUUGUUGUCAUGGACGCCGAUUUCCUGCUCGCCAUCCAGCUUCAGGAGCAGUUCGACAGCGAACACCAGACUUCCCGGUUCCCCCCAGAGGGCUUUCUGGAGGACGGCUUCGGGCAGAGCAAAGCUGCGGCACGCCGAGGUGGCGGCGACCCGGUCCCCCACAGGAAGCCGCCGACCUCCGUGCCCGAGAGGCCGCUGAGCAUCGUGGACGAGUCCUGGGAAACGCUGGACCCCAGUCCGGACGUGAGGGCCAUGUUCCUGGAGUUCAACGACAUGUUCUUCUGGGGGAAACUCAGCGGAGUGGAGGUCAAGUGGAGCCCCAGGAUGACUCUGUGUGCCGGUGUGUGUUCCUACGAAGGCCGAGGAGGACUCUGUUCGAUCCGUCUCAGCGAGCCGCUGCUGAAGCUGAGACCCAGAAAAGACCUGGUGGAGACUCUCCUCCAUGAGAUGAUCCACGCUCUGCUGUUUGUGACCCAGAACAACCGGGACCGAGACGGCCACGGACCCGAGUUCUGCAAGCACAUGAACAGGAUCAACAAGGCCAGCGGGACAAAAAUCACUAUCUACCACAGCUUCCAUGACGAAGUCGACGUCUACCGGCAGCACUGGUGGCGAUGCAGCGGGCCCUGCCAGAGUCGCAAGCCUUACUUCGGGUAUGUGAAGAGGGCCAUGAACCGGGCCCCGUCCUCUCUGGACCCCUGGUGGGAGGACCACAAGAGGAGCUGCGGCGGGACUUACACCAAGGUCAAGGAGCCUGAAGGAUAUGGGAGCAAAAAAAGGAAGAAGGAGACAAAGACUUCUUCCUCAGGGAAGAAGCUCGCGGGACCGGGGAAGGCCUCAGAAACCGUCCCAGGUUCUGGAUCCCAGGACAUAAGGAACGUCGUCCCCUUCAGCGGGAAAGGCUUCGUCCUCGGAGGAGCGUCCCAUGCCUUCCCCUCCUCCUCCACAUCUCCCUCGCCAUGGCUAGCUGCUCCACCCAGCUCCAUCUCCUCUCCUAAAACACCCCCCACCCCUUCCUCUCCAUUCAGGGGUCUCUCCUCGCCCCCCCGCUCCGGCUCAUCCGACCCAACCAACCCGAUCUGCGCCGGAGGAAAGCCUCCCGUGAAGAGAUCCAACGCGAACAGCAGAGUGUUUGUCAGCAUAGACGGCUCGCCCGUCAGACUUCCCAGAUCUCAGAGCCAGCGAGGGGACGCGAUCAAACAGACGUCCAUUCAGGACCUUUUUAACGGCAGCGCUCUCAGGAAGUCGGCGGGUCGACCCUUUCUGACGCAGCCUGAAGCCAAAAGAGACCCGCUGCCAAACAUUUCCCCUUCCGCUACGUCCAGCUCCAGCCUGCAGCGCUCGCCUCUGGGAGGGGCAGCGCCCGCCGCGUCAAGCCAGCCCAGAUCUUCCAGGGAUCCUGGUGCCGCGGUGAAACCCGGGUCUGCAGGUGGAGGCCAGGCGUCCAGGAAGAGGUCAUGGGACGACCGCAGCAGCUCAGCCAAGAUCUUUGACUUCUUUGAGAAGACAUUGAGCAGCAGUUCAGCGGCCUCAAGGGACGCGCUAAAAACCCAGUCAGCAUCCGCCUCCACCCCAUCAUCGCUUCAGCCUUCUGCAGCACAGCAAAGUGGCCCCGCCUCCUCCUCCUCUUCCUCGGCGGUGAUGGUCAGCUGUCCUGUGUGCCAAGCUAAAGUCCAGGAGGCCAAGAUAAACGAGCAUCUUGACUCCUGCCUCUCUUGAAUGCCUUAUAUAACUUAGUCUUUCCCAGAUUUCUUGUUUUACCGAAGCCCUUUUUAGCUGUGAUAAUUGCUCAAAUCAUAACCAUCUAGUUUGAUUAACAGUAAAUAGAAACCGUUUCAGUGCCUGCAGAUAUGUUCCUGCUACUUACCCCGACAGACUGCCAGCAGAGCUGCACAAAUUAUGUCUGUGAAUAAAUAAUAAGACACGUCGGUCCUGCAGAAUCGUCUCAGGUCUGAAUUUAACUGCCUUCAAAGAUCGAUUUUAACGAACAGCGGACAUUUUAAAGGUGACAGUGGGGAAAAGGGCCGCAGGGUUUAUUUAUUUGUCCUUCUU